GAUUGGUCAGCUAUUCAAAAUUUGUUUGGCCGAAAUACUAUAAAAGCCUGACUUAAAAUCUUAAAGCCGUUCACAGUUGAAGAAGAUGCCACAAAUGUUGCUGCUGUCCUUAUUAAUUGUUCUAAGUGCGACACAGAUUAGGGCUCGCCAAGUGGGCAAAUGUAGUCUGGCGCGCCAACUAUUUCGCUAUGGCGUUCCCUAUGGCGAACUAUCGGAUUGGCUGUGCCUCGUCGAGGGAGAAAGUUCGUUCAAUUCGAAGGCCAUCAAUCCAUCGAAUGUGGAUGGCUCUGUGGAUUGGGGCUUGUUUCAAAUCAACGAUCGCUACUGGUGCAAGCCGGCGGAUGGGCGACCGUCGACGGAUUUGUGUCGCUUACCCUGCCGCCUCCUAAUCAGCGAUGACAUCAGGUAUUCGAUUGCUUGCGCCAAGUAUGUCAGACAACAGCAGGGAUUCUCCGCCUGGGUGGCUUGGAAUAAUCGCUGUCAAGGCGUGAAGCCAAGAGUUGGUCAUUGCUUUAGGCGUAAGCACAGGUUCUUUGGCUAAAAUGUGAUAAGGUGCUAAAUAAAAUAAUAAA